ACACGAAGAUCUAUAACGAUUUAUCUGUUGUGCGUUAUCGGGGAGUUCCCUCGCGCUCGUUUAAAAGCUGUAGUGUAAGACGAGCCAGCAUCAUUCGCUUUCCGGCGUCCCGUGUCGUGUGCAGUACAGUCCUCCUCCACAUUCUGCCUUCAACAUGUGGACCCUCGUGCUGCCGCUGGCGCUACUCUGCGCAGCAGUGUACAGCCAGAACGCCGCCUCCGUGACCCUCAACUCCGACGGCUCCUCGCUCUACGCCACUAAGCUCGGUUUGGCCCACACCGACAAUAACGCACUCAGCGCCCUGUUAUCCAAAUCCUCAACGGGAGCCAUCAGCAAAGGACUCGCUUUAGAUAAUGUGAAUGGCCACGGGCUGUCAGUGUCGCAGACGAACAUUCCUGGCUUCGGCAGCCAGCUGACCGGCGCGGGGAAGCUGAACCUGCUCCACAACCAGAACCACAACCUCAAUGCCAACGCCUUCAUCACCAAGAACAUGCCCAGCAUCCCGCAAGUGCCCAACUUUAAUACAGUUGGAGGCAAUCUGGACUACAUGUUCAAGGACCGUGUGGGCGCGACUCUGGGCGCUGCGAGGACCCCAUUCCUGGACCGCACUGAUUACUCGGCCAUGGGCAAGCUGAACCUGUUCCACUCCCCCUCCUCCUCCGUGGACCUCAACGCUGGCUUCUCCAAGUCCGUUUCCCCCCACAUCAACACCAACUGGCAACCAUCAGGAGGAUUGACUUUCACCAAAUUCUGGGGAUAAACAACUGCAGUACUUAAUUUGAUUGUAAAUAGUGUCUAUGUUUAUUUAGUUGUAAGAUUAGAUUUAAAUGAUGGUGAUUUGAAAAAAAAAAUCAUUAUGAGAAAAGUUUUUUUGGAAGCAUAAUUCUAAAAAAAACCCGAAACUGACUGAUAGCACACAAGAAUAACUAUAACUUGGAUCACGAACGAUAUUAUGAAAUAUUGUUUGUGAUUAAGUAGUCAUUAUAAUUUAACUUAAUUAUUUAAAAAAGAUAUACCAUAAUAAAUUAAUUAACUAUAUUA